AUGACAACCACAACCACAGUAACCAUUACACCACCGCUGUUGCAGCAACAGGCCCCAGCUCUCCAACUGUCCUUCGACCCCCGUAUUCAAAAUCUCACCAAACAUGGCUUCCUCUUCGGCAAAAAGCUGGCAGCAUCUAUGUCCCCGCUGCUUCACGAUGUAGUCUACCAGGGUCUCGGCCUGAACUGGGGCCAGUUGCGUCUCGAUUCGGACGACAUGGACUUGUUCCUGAACCUUGUCCAAGACCCAAAGUUCUACGGCGCAUCGGUAACCAUGCCAAACAAGGUGGCUAUCAUCCCUCACCUCGACUACCUCACACCCGAGUGCCGUGACGUCGGUGCCUGCAACACUCUUUUCCUCCGUGACGACCCCAACACCCCGGGCCGUCGUCUCCUGUGCGGAGCCAACACCGACGUGAUCGGUGUUCGCGAGUCCUUUGUCCAAAACGUUCCCAAUGCCGAUGUGUAUGAGAACCGCCCCGCCAUGGUUGUCGGUGGAGGUGGCGCUGCCAGAUCGGCCGUGUAUGCUCUGCACAAGUAUCUCCAAGCCACCAAGAUCUACCUUGUCAACCGAGACCCCAGUGAAGUGGAGGCCGUCAUGAAAGAGUGCAAAGAACGUGGGUAUGGUGAUAAGUUGGUAUAUGUCGAGAGUGUGGAACAAGCCGAGCGGCUCGAGGGCCCUGGAGCGAUCGUGGCGUGUAUCCCUGAUUUCGCCCCCGUAACGGAGAGUGAGAAGACGGUGAGGAAGAUCAUUGAGGUGAUGCUGGGGAAGGACCAUAAGGGGGCAAUGUUGGAGAUGUGUUACAACCCAAGUCCUUUUACUGCGCUUGGCGCCAUCGCGGAGAAGGAAGGAUGGCAGGUUAUUUUGGGAACAGAGGCCAUGAUCUGGCAAGGGAUUGAGCAGGAUAAAUAUUGGACUGGUCUUGACGCCAGCGAGCUUCCUGUUGCUCAGGUCAAGGAGGCUAUUGCUGCCAGGCUAGCGGAGCUGUCGAAUGCGUAG